AAGAGGGGAAAGCAAACAAUUUUCAGGCCCGCCGCGUCUAGCAAAAAAUAUGAGAAAAAAAUUAUAAAAAAUUCGGAAAAUAGUUGAAAGUCAAGAAAAACUCCGUAGAAAGGAUGUUAAGGCUCCUGGGGCGCCUGAGUCCUGGCGGUGUUGAGCACAUAAAACUGGAGAGAGAACAAGCGUCGUUGACAGUAGGUGGGCACCGCGUCCUUGUCCAACCAGCCGCGCUGCCCUAGGGUGCCAUGGCCACGGGAACCCAGGGGCACUUAGACCACGUUCCGGAUAAAGCCAGGCUCGCGGCGGCCACAGGGAGGCGCAAGAGAGCGGAGGGGGGCAAGCCCAGGAAGAACUUCCCCUGUCAGCUGUGCGAGAAGGCUUUCAACAGCGUGGAGAAGCUAAAGGUGCACUCCUACUCACACACAGGAGAGAGACCGUACCGGUGCUCCCAUCAGGACUGCACCAAGGCCUUUGUCUCCAAAUACAAGCUGCAACGGCAUAUGGCAACACACUCGUCAGAGAAAACCCACAAGUGUACGUACUGUGAGAAAAUGUUCCACCGCAAGGAUCACUUGAAGAACCACCUGCACACUCACGACCCCAACAAGGAGGCCUUCGCCUGCCAGGAGUGCGGCAAGAGCUACAACACCAAGCUGGGCUUCAAGCGUCACCUGGCCCUUCAUGCGGCCAACAGCGGAGACCUCACCUGCCAGGUGUGCCUUCAGCCAUUCGCCAGCACCGGCCUUCUCCUGGAGCACCUUAAGACCCACGCCGGCAAGUCCUCGGGCGGCACCAAAGAGAAGAAGCAUCGGUGCGAGCACUGCGAGCGCCGCUUCUACACGCGCAAGGACGUGCGCCGCCACAUGGUGGUGCACACAGGCCGCAAGGACUUCCUGUGCCAGUACUGCGCCCAGCGCUUUGGCAGGAAGGACCACCUGACGCGCCACAUGAAGAAGAGCCACGCCCGUGAGCUGCUGAGGGUCAAGACGGAGCCGGCCGAUUCGCUGGACUCACCCUUCUCCUGCGGGCUAGCCGGAGGCGUCAAGGGCGAGCUGGCCACCAUGUCGACGCCGCACAGGCAGCUCCAGCUCAACCUGUACGGUGGCCCUCUGCUGCCCCAGCACCACUGCCCCACCAUGCCCCCCCUGGACACAGAGCCCAACCCCCCACACCCCUUCCCCCUAAAGUACCAGCUGGGCUCUAACCUUACCUCAUACUCCGUCUCCACUCUGGAGAGGGAGCAACAUCUAAAGGGAGAACUGGAGACGUAUCUGAUGGAACUGCAGAGCGGCAUGCCGUCCUCCUCGGCCGAGGGGGCUCAGCUAUCCUCCGCCUCCAAACUGGAGUUAGACUCCCAGGUGGGCUCGUUGGACGAGACCUCGUCUGACGAGGCAUCUCUGUCCAAAAUCUCGGCGGCAGCGGGCGAGUCGCUGGCCUCCUCCUCGUUGCUCGACUUCUCACAGCUCUUCAACUUCCUGCCCUUGAACAGCCCUCCUUAUGGGCACCAGGUGACAGCCGGUGGGGGUCUAGGUGGGGUCCCCUUCCCGCCAGAGGAGGCGCUGUCUCUCGUCCAGCUUCCGCCCCAUCCCCUUGAUUCUCACGAGGUGACAGGGAGCGGGGACGAUGUAAGCCCCCUCCACAGCCUCUCCUCCUCCUACAGCUCUAACCUGAGCACAACCACCACACUGCCCCGCUUUCACCAGGCCUUCCAGUGACACAACACACACGCAUGCACACACACUUACACACGUACAGUAAACACACACAGUCUGAUAAAAAAUUAUAUUCUGCAAAUUAUUAUUUUCAUGCCAGUAACACAUUUUUGAAUAUGUCUGCACAAAACUACAACGUAAUAGCACUUCUGUUCAACAGUUAUGGGAUUCUACACAUACAGAUACUGACACAGUAUAUUAGAUGUAUGGGUGAGUAUCAGCACUGACACAUACCACAUACACAAGUCGUUUGGCUCAACCACAUAGCUCAAGCCAUGGGAUAAUGGUUGACAUUUCAUGUGGUUAGUGUCAACAAUACUAUAUCUUCACCGCCCUUGCAAAUUCACCACUAUAAUGUUGAUGACCAACACAGUCCAUUUUAGUUCAAACAACAGUUAAACAUAACUAGGGUUUUGGAGUUUUACAUAGAGGAAUUUAUUUAGGAAUGUGAUUGCAGUGAUGUAUUUCUACCCAUCUAUAUUCUUAACUCCCUUUACCUUGGAGUAGAUUGAACCUAGUAUGUAGAUUUAACCAUAUUUUCAUAUAGAACUUUGUACUUUUGUGUGAUGUUGAAUGUCCUCACCGCUAACCAUUUUUUAAAUGUCUUUAUCUCUUUG